AUGAGUCCCUUAUGCCGCUCUAACUACUCCUCGACUCCGCAACCCCGCUCGCCUCAAGUCAGUAUGGCCCCGCGAGUACAAGACGCGUUCUCGUCGCUAGAAGCCAUGCCAUCGUCGCCGAAUCACGUACGCGACAGGAAUGUUGCACAGGCGACGACGGCCGGCGACGGGCCCGGCGACGCUACGAAGAUCUCUGCGAAGCUAGCCAUGCCGAGAGCGGGUUCCGCGAGGUGUACAGUGGACGCCGUGAUGUCGCUUUUAUCGAAUCGGCUCUUUAUCGCGGCACUCGCGCUGACAGUGGCGUCGCUGGUCACGUUCGGCAUGUUCCAGGGUGGCCGGGAGGCAGAAGUGCUUGUAACGAACCGGAUCUUAGCGAAGGCGGGGGAGCGCAGAGUCAACGGCAGCGUGAAAACCACAAGCUCCCCCGCCGCUCCCCGUCCGUUCAAGCCCCCCGCGCCCGUGAAACUUCGGGCGCGCAAGGAUUAUUUGAUAAUAGACAAGUACGACUGGGCUCAGUUAAACAACCAGCGCCCGCACGUGUGCUACGCCGGCGUCCCCUGCUCGCUCCUGCUGCUUGUACCGAAGGACGCUCUUAACGGGACAAAUGACGCGAUGGGGGACGUGGAGAAGGAGGUUGCGAAACCCUCGGCGAAACCCGCGGCGAACCCCGCGGCGAAACCCGCGGCGAAAUCCGCGAUGGCGUUACGGUUCGACGACGAGAUUCAGGAGCUGGAGCGGCUGCUGCUGCCGCACACGGAAGUGCUCCUGGCGGACGUGAUGGUAACCCUAUACGGCCCGUCGCUGCAGCACGCUUCGCUGGUUUCGCAGACGGCGACGCCGAACGGGCCGCUGCUGCAGCUUUCCGUGCUGGUCUGGGACGUGGGCGAAUACAGGUGCGUGGGGGGUGUGACUUGUGGGGCGGGGGGAGUGUGUGACUUGCGCGGGGGGGUUCUGUGA